AUGAGUAGCGAAAGCGCUAUCGCGAAAUAUGUCAGGCUCAACGCCGGCAACCACGACAGCUCGAUGGGAGACCUCGAGGUCGCAGAGUGGACGGUGAUUCUGGUCUCCAGUGGCGUCCAAGCACACGACAAUGUCCCCGUAGCGUUUAUCCGUCCGGCCAACGUCGUCGCAGUCGCACACAAACGCACCUCGGCAGUACUCUCCAAAGACGGCCGACGCCUGCGCCGCGCCCGACGUCGCUUCCGCUUCGCCCCGGCACCGCGAUCCUACCGCGGAACUGAUGAUCGCGUCGAAAAUGGUCGAGCUCGCCGAGCAGAAGCAGGAGUGCGUGGCCCCGCGGCCGGCGUCACCGCAUCCGGACCUCAUGUCGCCGACGAUAUCGGCCAGCGGCGAGGCCGCGCAUCCCGGGAGACCGGAGUACUCCGGGACACGCUCGAUGAGAAUCUGCUGGCACAGGGUCGCCAGGGCGAACGGGAGCGCCGAAAAUAG